AUCGCUGUCCACCGCUUGCUCCGGAAAACCCUAUCCGCCCUCUCCCCCUCUUCUCGAUCCUCUGCUUCGAGGUGCCCAUCGACGACCACUGGUUACCGCCCGUGAAGCCAUCGUCUGGCAUCCACUCCCUCGUUCGGGGGAUGGGAAUGCCCUCCGAACCACAAUCCCGACAAGCUCCUCUCUGUUGCGAGAUUACUGCCACCACCUCCGCAAGGACAAGGGGAUCGAGAGCCUCAAUGUGGCCUGCGCCGAAGCUCUAGGGAGACGCUCAAGGCAGUGCAGUGGUGGAGCAGCUCAUCAUCACAGUGGCGCGGCUGGGGAGCACCAUCCUUCCUCAGAUCGUAGCCCUCCAGGUCGGAAAUUGGAAUCUAAAGGCCACCGCUGGAGUAGAUAGGGGAAGGUUUCUGACCGUGAGAAUUCCCUAUGCGUGGAGCACUCAAAGCAAUUACAGAGUUCGCCGUAGUGUCAUCGUUGAUGCAGUUGUACUGACGGGGGAGAGAAGGCACAGCUGCCUGCAUUACACAUCCCCAGGAGAGAUGCAGCAAUGCUGAAGAGAGAAGAUUAUCCACUGGCACAGCAUCCCUGCCUACCAACUUGAGCUUUAUCCGGUUGGACUGCUUGGGCACAGACAGUCAUAUGAAUUGUGACCUCUGUCAUGACCGGUUAGCAUUUCUUCCUCUCCCUAAAUACGAAUCCACUAUACCUGAGGCCAAUUCAGAAUGAUUUCCAUGGAUUCAUUGAGCUGAAAACAGUGUAUCAUCGAGGGAUGGAUUGCGGGUCUUGUUACAUCCUGGUUUAAUCACAUUGGAAGUGUUGAAAAUUUUGAAUUGGAUUAUAAGAGUUUGAUGGAUGGUACAACAAUUAACUUUGGCUUAGGCAUUCGGAGUCAGUAGUUUAAACUCAAUGAAAUUAAUAGAUCAAUGUGAAAAAUUUUGAAUUGGAUUAUAAGAGUUUGAUGGAUGGUACAACAAUUACCUUUGGCUUAAGCAUUCGGAGUCAGUAGUUUAAACUCAAUGAAAUUAAUAGAUCAGUUAUUCUAUUAAGGAUCCUGUCAAGUCGGAUCAUGAACUGGGUGUCUGGACAUAUAAACAGAGGUUUGAAAUGUUCAUGUUAGCCAAAGUCCGAUGCAACAGUUCGCCUUGAUUGUUAUUCUCUUCGUUGCUAUUUCCUUCACCUGGUAUGACAAAUUUCACAAAUCGAUGGUGCUACAAGUUUGGUCUUCUUUGACGCUUCUUCCCUUCUAUCACUGAAGGUACGCAUCCGAUACUUUGACAUGCACUGGUGCAAUGCUAUGGAACAUACAAGAAAUACAUUACUAUGUUUUUUUACUGCAAAUCACAUUAUGAUUAGCAGGUAAACACACAAAAGCAAACAGAUAUUUCAAACAAAAUUGAGAAGCUAGCUUAAGAAUUGUUAACUAAUAUUUAGAUUUGACUACAAUACUAAUUAGUUAUUUAUCUGGUCUCAUCUCAAACUUUUGUCAAGCAGGCUAGUGCAUAAAAAAAAAUCAAUCAGUUAAAAGUUAUGAUCAUGAUGGAUAUUUACCAUGGCCUUUUUGUUGGAAAUAAAACUACAUACCAAUGAAGCAGUUGCGAUAAAAUUAUUCACUUUAUUAGUCUCUCAGUAUCAUCAUCAAAUUAUCUUCCUGGGUGAACAAAUAAUAAAACCUGUGACUUAUUUUUCAAACAUACUUGUAAUGCUUAGUAACCUGUCAUAAAGCUUGCCUACUUCAUAAGCUACUGUUUAUUUGCUUUUUGUGUGUUGGUUAAAUUGUGCUGUGGUUUCAUGGAUACAAAUGAGACUUUAUUUUAGUUUGAGCAUGUUCUUCUACAAUCAUAUUUAGAUGAUCUGCUCAUGUAGAUUACAAGAAAUGAACUUUAUGCAGCCUUCCACAUAUCAAUCUAUCAUGAUUUCGUAACAGGGAAAAAAGAUAUUUCUGGUUGUUUCUGUUGAAUCUCUCUAGAUAAGUCAUUGGCAUAGUAUAUAACUUUAUCUUAGCUCAUAUAAUGUUAUAACUCUAAAAGAUGCAGUGUGUUUUAUAUAAAUUCACUGAUCAGGAAAAUUAGAGACUUGAACAUAUGUUUUUAUCCUAAACAAAUUUAAUAGGAAGAAAAUAUGAUUUUGUUAAUGUCUUGAGCUAAUUAUGUAAGAAUCUUGGUCGCAUGCAUGGUAAGCAGAUGGUGACAAUUAAUGUAGAGGUUCCUUCACACUUGUUGUAGGCCAGAGGCAUCCUUCUUGUCUGAUGCUCAGUGUCGUUUCCCUCAUGACCCACUAAAAUCCUGCACAUAGAUUGGAUCCUUGUCCAUAAAAAAAUUCACUUGCAAUGCUAUUAUGCUGAAAGGUUUGGUGCAAAGUCUCAUCUGUAUAUUAUUAAAUAGGUUAAAGUCAUCUAGCAUUAUCAAGUCAACAGUUUGAUGAUCCUUUUGAACUAAUUUUAGAUAAGCUCUUUGAUCAUGGUAUGAUAGAUAGGAAUUUCAAUCAGCUCAAAAGUUCUAGGUUCUGGACCACCCACAACAUGUGAAUAUAUACUUACCGUGGCCCUCGAAAAGAUUGGGUAUUAUGCCAUUAUUUGCUAGGCACAAGAGUUCACUAGAUGCAAUAUGUUUUCUGGGGUUGCUGCAAUUGUAUUUUUUUACGACCUAGAUGUUGGCCUUUCUCCCAGGGAUACCUUGUACAUAUAGCUACUUAUUUCUGGCUGCUUGUUAAUUUUCAGAAGACAAAAAAGAAUAACAAAGGGAAAAAUGUGAUUAAAGGGAAAAGUUUACUCUUCAUGCCAUAUGUUUGAUGGAAUUGAUAGAUUAGGAAAAAUCACAUACCAACAUUAUCUCCAAGAGAACACUUUGUCAAGAAUAUAUGCCUCCUCUUCUUUGCUAGUUAUCUGCAUGAGUCUGCUUCUUUAAAGAUUAAAGAUCACAUUUUCCGCAUGAAUCCCUUGACCUGCAACACAAUUCCAUUCUAGAAAAAGACAUCAGGGGGCUCCUUUUCCAAAGGUGUAAGAACAAAUUUUCAUUCAUUAGCCUAAUACCAUGUGUGGUCUUAAUUUCCAAUGUGAAGUGAAUCUGAUUCUGCUCUCCUUGCUUCCUCUGAAACUUCAUUAGGUAAGACUUAGGAAGCUAAUCCCUGCAAAACCUUUAGCUCUAGGUAGAAUAUGGGACUUGAAAAGAUCAACCUGAAAGCCUUUCUAAAAGUUUAGGCUUGACCCAACUGGAAGAAUGACCUUGUUUUUGCACUUAAACUUUUGCCUCCUGUGACACUGUUUUGCACCUAUCUUGGUUUCUCCUAACUCACAAAAGCUGGGUUUUGUGCCUGCGAUCAGAUACUUGUAUGCCACCUUUGCUUCUUUUUUUUUUUUUUUAUAAUGUCCUUUUACUUGAGAGUAAUGCUAUUUAGUAUGACUUGCCAAACACUGCUUGUGAAAUCAAUCUAUGAAAAUAAAAUUCAUGGUUGUUCUUAAGCUAAAUUAAUCAUCCACACUUGCCAUAUUAUCAUUUUGCUUGCAUGAAGAGCUACAUGCUGAGGGAAUAGACAUAUGUCAGAAUUGACUACUGAUGGUAUGAAGGAACCAAACUUGUUUUAUGCAUCCUCCUAUGUCAUCAUGAUGAGAACCUUCUCACUGGCCACAUGAGAUUUGACCAGUAGAUAAUUCCAAUAUUAGUUGGCAGCAUUUUCUUGUUAGGAAAAAUGAAUUAAUUAUCACAGGGAAGAAAGUUGACACCAUGGUUGCCACCUUCGUGGUGAUGUUUAGUGUGAUCUGCUUCACCUACCACUGCAUGGUGAGUCGUACGUACAUAAACCCUAAAUUACUUGUGCCAAUCUUAAAGAGUUAAAAGGCAUGGUAGAUUGAACCAACCAAAAUUACAAUUGAACCCUGUGCUUCAGCUGGUUUUUUCUUGCCGACCGGACUGAGAAAGGACUUCUCCCCGUUCGUAGUCGCUGUUCCUUCCCUUGCGUGGGCCCCAAGUAACUGUUGCAGUCAUCAGUCUGGUAGAACCGUCGGGUAUGAGUUGGCCGGGAAGGGUACUCAGCAUCUUUACACGGUGCGGUUGCUUCGUGUGGUGCUCUAUAGUGGGUCCCAUGCGGCUUUUCCGGUAUUUUAGCGUGUACCGAACGGGUAUGAAGAGAAGAAGCGUGUGGGAGCUGAGAGGGGUAGCGGUGAAACGAACACGGUGGUGGUUGAUGAAUCAAUGGCGGCAAAAACAGAGUCCAGAGAGGCGCCUCCUCAGCCACACGGCAGCGCCGGUGGGACCGCCACACUUCUCUGUUGUCUCUUCUCCUUUCCUCCCUUCCCCACCUUUUUCUUCCAUCCGUCCGCGUCGCCAUCAUCCCCAACCUCCUCUCCCUCUUUUCUCCUCCUCCUCCUCCUCCCUUCAUCGUCCGUCGAAACGUGAGAGGUGGUAGGGGAGAGAGAGUUCGAAAGGGAGAGGCAGGGAGGAGAAGAGGGUGAGAUGGAUAUGGUGUUGUGUGAUGAGCUGGUUCAGGAGAUCCUGCGGCGGCUGCCUCCCUCCUCCGCCCCGUCCGUCUCCCUCGUCUCCAAGCGCUGGCUCUGCCUCCUCCGCUCCUCCACCACCUCCCUCUCCCUCCGCAUCCCCCCACAUCAAACGACCCCGAUUAUUUCUACGAGCAAUAAUUCGCCAUCACUCCCCUCCAUCCUCUCCCACUACCCCUUCCUCACCGACCUCACCGUCGUGGACGAGGACAACCCCGCCGACGACCUCCUCCUCGCCAUCGCCGCCGCCGCCUGCUCCUCCCGUCUCGCCCACCUCCGCUUCCUCCCGGCGUCCCCUCUAUCCCCUACCGCCCUACUCUCCUCCUCCGCCGCCCUCGCUGGCCUCACCACUCUCCAAAUCGCCUCCCUCCUCCCCCUCUCCUUCCGCUGGCUCUCCUUCCUCCCCUCCCUCAAGUCCUUCUCCCUCGUCCGCUCCCGCCCCAAGCGCCCCCCCUCCCUUCGACAAGAAGCGCAACAGCCGCCGCCGGCUGCUGACGACGAGGACGACGAUGGGGACCGGUCGGCCCUCGUGCUGCUGCCGCUGGAGAGCCUGUCGUUGUCUGGCAUCUGCGCCUCCGACCGCGGCCUCUCCUGGCUGUGGCGCCGCUGCGCCGGUCUCCGGUGGCUGCAGCUGCGCGCCUGCGAGGGAACCGGCGACGGCCCCUCCUCCCCCGUCUUCCCCCUCUGCCUCCCGGGUCUCCUCGUGCUCGAGCUCCGCACCUGCCGCGCUAUCGCCGACCGCGUCCUCCUCCACGCCGCCGACCACUGCCGCGCCCUCACCUCCCUUCUGCUCUACGACGGCGGCAGCCGCGACGCCCUUCACCACUUCAUCCACCGCCGCGGCGCCGCCCUCCGCACCCUCGACCUCCGCCUCCCGCUCGACCUCCACAACGACCACCUCUUCGCCAUCGCGGCCGACGACCGCGGCGACAUUGGCAAGCCUGGGGGCCACCGGCUCGCGGCGCUCCGCCUGCACAGCUGUUGCCUGGUCACAGGGGACGGACUCCGGUCGCUCGCCCGGUCUGCCGCUGGCGCGGCGAUCGAGGAGCUCGCCCUGGUGAACUGCGAUGUGGUGGAGAAGGAGCCCGGGCUGCUGACCUGCCUCAGCCAGAGCAUGCAGCGGCUGCGGAGGGUGGACUUGUCCCACAACGAGGGUUUGGCCGACAAGGAAGUGGGAUCGAUGCUGGCUUCUUGCAGGAAUCUGGUGGAGAUGAGGGUGAGGGGGUGCAGAGCACUGACGGGUGCUGCAUUGAGUUCCUUGCUGAAGUACUGUGGGAAGCAGGUGGAAGUCGUCGACAUCACUUGGUGCCCAGGAAUCGUCAGUGAUGCUGUUGAGAUGCUGGUCAUGAAUGCCUCAUGCCGAUUGAGGCAAUUGAUGGUCGAGGAAAACAAAGUCAAUGAAGCUGCUGCAGUUUGGCUGUCUCAGAAAGGGAUCAAGAUUGGUUGAUCAGAAGAAAGUUCUUCACAUGCCAGCAACAAAGAAGGGGAAUGCAGUAUGGAUCCUCCCCAACCAAUCCAGGAGAGCAAAGUCAGGGAUAGAUGCUGUUUCAGAAAGGGAUUAAGAUUGGUUUGAUCAGAAAGGAGGAGGUACAUAUUUAUCCAAGCCAUAAAAGCAACUUAAUUUUAUCUUUCUUGCAAAUAAAUAAAAGUUACUACGUACGUCUCUUAGUUUGUUCAUACUGUAAAUAAAAAAUUCUUAUAAAAAUGUGAUGCACUUUCUGCUAGCAGACAACCUUCCUUAUCUAAAGAGUAGUGCCAUUACACUCAUCAUGCUUGUUGCAUCUGUACCUUGUUUUAGUGAUUGUAUAUGCUAGCUAGCUAGUAUGUAUGACUUACAAGAGAGCAAUCAAUUAUGAUGAAACAUCAUGAUUUUUUUUC